CUUCUAAUAGCAAAGCUAAGCAACAUUAAAACACAAGAAGCCAAGUGUUCCCAGAAACAUGGAUCACACAAGCAGCAACAUCGUGCAAAAAGUACCAAAUCAACAUAUGCUCAGCUAGCUGCCCAUUCAACCAUGCCAAAGCAUUCCGUACAAGCAGCAAACUGUCCUGGCACGAAUUCAACACACACUUCCGCCCAACUCCAAAAGGACCUAUUUCUAGUUG